AUGUAUCUACUAUUGGCGUUUCUACCGUUGCCGGCUUUUGUCGUCUCCAAGAACCCCAAUGUGCUGAGAAUUUCCGCUGCGAUCCUUUUCAUCACAGUGUCUAUUCUUCUUGCUCCCACCAAAACUUGGCAGGGUGCUCCGUUCAGUCGUUUUUCUGAGCUGGAAAUUGCCUUUUACAGUUGCAGCGCCCAUGUGUCCAAUAUCUCAUUCUGCCAGAACAACGACAUCCUGCCCCAAUCCUGGUCCCACGAAUACUGUGUUUGCACCAAUGAAAACGCUUUUUCCACCAUUGCUUAUUGCUAUGCUACAGGAUACCCCCACGAGGAAACGUCGUUGAUUUCAAGAUGCAACAGUAAGUUUGGAACGAGCUGGGACCAGGCUUCGUUUGACCAGGCUCUCGCGUAUUACAAACAAGAGGCGCAAAUAUCCAAUUCUCAGACGUUGGAUCAUCCACUCCAGCACCCUUUGCGUCUUAGUGAAACGGAAAUCAUGGUCUAUCGCCGCUCUUACGACCAGUUUCUUGGAAACUACAACCGUUCGGUCCAGUACGGCUUUUACCUUGUGUUGUUCUGGGCUCUGGUCUUCACUCUUGCUGCUGUGGGAAACUGGACGAAAAUCCUCUAUCCCAGGCUAGCACAGCUGUGGACGGGAAAGGCAGUUCUGAUUUAUCGAAGAUAUGUCUCGUUGCCGGCGACUGUAGGCCGCUGGAGAACUAACGAAAGACCCAUCGGGGGCAUUUUCGAUCUACUUGUUCCCACCAGAGCUGAAACGCUCAUUCUCCUUGCUUUUCUGGUGCUCACAGCACACUUUUCAAUUGCAAAAAUCUCCGCUGUCGAUGGCGACCCUAUAUACCCGAUGAAGAAACAGGCUUUGUUCCGGUAUUACGGCGUUCGCCUGGGCAUUUUGGCCAGCUACCUUGCUCCGCUCUCCAUCCUUUUUGCUGGGCGCAAUAACGUGCUCCAAUGGUUCACAAGAUGGGAAUACUCGACGUUUGUGAUGUUUCACAGGUGGAUCUCUCGCAUUCUCGUGCUUUUAAUCUUGAUUCACAGUUUUGCUUACGGGGCACUUCUAUAUCUCAAGAGAAGGCACGCUUUGGAAAAUUACAUAUACUGGGGAAUUGCAGGUACAGUUUCCGGAGUGGCAAUUCUCGUUCAAGGCAUGUUGGUGCUUCGAAGAAGAUGGUACGAGGCGUUUUUGGCUCUCCACAUUCUUCUAGCAGCUAUUUUCAUCGGCGGAGGAUGCUUCCACGUGGCAAACUUGCGUUUUCUCAGCUACUACUAUUGCACAGCUUGUCUUUGGAUUUUGGACCGGGUCAUACGGCUCCAGCGUAUUUUCCUGUUUGGCUUUCCCGAAGCGAAAGUCCAGCUUUUUGAAGACUUGACACUCAAAGUCACUGUGCCCAAACCCAGUCUGUUCCGUUCUGAAGGGGGCGGUCAUUGCUUUAUUCAUUUUCUUCGCUGGCCCAGCUUCUGGCAGUCCCAUCCGUUCACGUAUACAGAGAUGGAGAACUCGAUUGUCUUUUAUGUGAAGGUGAAAGAUGGUGUCACUACAAGCCUUCGCCGGUUUCUUGAAAAAAACCCAGAUAAGUCGGCCCGAAUGCGUAUUGCAGUGGAAGGAUCUUACGGAGAAGCUUCGCCUGCGUCGAAAUAUGAUGCUAGGGUCUUUAUCGCUGGAGGAAACGGAAUUCCGGGGAUUUAUGCUGAACUGGUCGAAGCCGCACGGGAAAACAGAGUAUCAGAGCCUGAUUCCCCAAAGAAAGUUGUUUUGGUAUGGGUUGUUCGUGAAUAUAGCUCACUUUUGUGGUUUUACAAUGAGCUUCUGGCCCUUGAGCAUUCGGGAAUCGAAGUACGCAUCUAUGUGACUCGGCCUUCUCGCCAACUUCUCUCUCGGGCCGACGAUAGACUGGCACUAUUGCACAAUACUUACACAUACUACCACGCGACCGAAAACGAUCCAAUUGGCCACUUGAAACAGAAUUUGCCUCAUGUUUCUUUCUUCGAAUGCAGACCGGACAUUCACAAACUAGUGUCUGGCUUUGCUGAAGAAGUAUCGGGCUCCAUUGCUUUUGUUACUUGUGGUCAUCCGAUUAUGGUGGAUGAUAUACGACACGAAGUGGUGGAACAAAUUGCGAAGAGAAAGAGUCGGAUUGAUUAUUUCGAGCAGCUCCAAGUGUGGGCAUGA